CAGUGCAGGAUGCAUUCGAAUUCUCUUGAACUUUUUAUAUGUAAAUUAUAAUUUGUAUUUUAUAAUCUAAAAUAAUGUAUUUUAAUAAUAUUUUUCCGUUAACCCUAUUAAACCUAUAACCCUGAUAUCUAAAAAUGUUUGUUACGUAAUUAACGUAACGCGUUAACGCGUAGUACCUUAUUUAGCAUAAGACUAUUUGUAAUAACCAAGUUUGGCACGUAAAUCAUCAUCCCGCCCACUCACCUGCCAACUCCCCAAAAGUUCAACAAAUAUUUAAAUAAAUAAUCAUUCAAAUUUAAAAUUUAAAUUUUUCGUUUAAAAAAACAAAGCAAAUGACUGACUUAUUAGAAAAACCUAUACUUGCACAAGAAAUAAAGACAACAUACGACAAUAUAGAACUAAAAACUAUACAUGUAUUUGCUGGAACAUUCAAUGUUAGCGGACAAGACGCGACCGAAUCCCUUUCACCUUGGCUUCAUUGUGAUUACGAUAUCGACGUUUAUGCCAUUGGAUUUCAGGAAUUAGGUUUAACUAUGGAAUCGUAUAUAGGAAGUGAUAUUGAGAGAGAAUUAAAAUGGACCGAUGCUAUCAUGCAAGCAUUAGGUGAAAAUAAGGCUAAGAAUUAUUGGAAGAUCAUGUCAAAAAAACUAGUCGGUAUUCUUCUUAUAGUAUUGGUAAAAAAAGAGCAUGCUCCAUAUAUUAAAGACAUAAGGACUGAUUAUGCUGGUAUUGGAAUAAUGGGCGUGAUGGGUAAUAAAGGUGGUGUUGCCAUUCGAUUCCGAUUUUAUGAUUCAUAUUUGUGUUUUAUGGAUUGUCACUUAGCAGCUGAUCCUAAUGGAUUAGAAAGAAGAAAUCAGGAUUAUAUGGAUCUUUGUCAACGGAUGACUUUUCCUAUCAAUACUGAAAAUUAUUCAACAUUGUAUGGUUGGGUUGGUGACUAUAUACCUCCAUAUGCUAAAAACGCAGUUGCUGGUAUAGGAGGGAUGGUGGGCAUUACAGGUAUGAUGACACCUAACGAGAAUAUUGUGGGAGCUGGUCAGGUUAUGCCUAUAUUUGAUAACGACCAUUUGAUUUGGAUGGGAGAUUUAAAUUAUCGUAUAGAAAAAAUACCAGAAUUAGAGGUAAAAUCUAUGCUGGAAAAUAAUGAAAUGGAAAUAUUGUUGAAUUAUGACCAACUCAAUAGGGAAAGACGGAUUCUUAAACAGGCAUUUGCUGGAUUUGAAGAAGGACCAAUCACCUUUCCUCCUACUUACAAAUAUGAUCCUGGAACAAAUAUAUGGGAUACAAGGUAAUUUAUUUUUAUAAAUUUUACUAUUUAUAUGAUAUAACUAAUUUAAAAAAAUUAAUUCAGUGAAAAGAAAAGGACUCCUGCAUGGACUGAUAGAAUAUUAUGGAGAAGCCAAAAAAAUGAAUGGUGUAAACAA